AUGUCGAAGCUAUAUCGCAACGCAGCCAUUGCAGCAGCAGCUGUUGGUGCUGGUAUUUUCCUCAUUCCAAGCUCGAAGAAGAGCGUGCCUCUAGAGACCUUCGGCACGCAGAACAUCGCCAAUGCCUACUCGAGGGGCGGUGGCAGCGACACACAUCUUCCUGGCAUAGCAACGACAAGAGGUCAAGGCAAAGCCGAAGAGACAAUGUCGAAACAGAUCAAUCCCAAGGGUGUCGACACGAAGCACUUUGUCGAGAACGUGGCGGAUCAGAAAGCGGAUGACAAGAGCGGGCCUGAAAAGGCUUUGACGAAGAUGGCGUAUGGGCAAGAGAAGGGAAAGUAA